AGCGGGAAACCGCGGGGCGCGGAGCGGGGGAGGUGCCGGGGGCUCGACGCUUCCCGGCCUGCCGGCCUCCGCGGCCGCGUGGUGUGGUGUGGUGUGGCGUGGUUUGGUGUGGUUUGGUGUGGUGUGGCGUGGUUUGGCGUGGCGUGGCGUGGAUUGGUGUGGUGUGGUGUGGCGAGCGCGGGGUCCGGGGUGGUGCUGGGAAUGGGCACCUCCAGCGUCCUUUCGCGGGGUCCCUCCCGCGCUUGUGCACGCAGGGCUGGGCGGGAUGGGCCCCGGGGCGCUUCCUGCAGCUCUCCCCCAAAGCUUCUUGGUUGCACUCGCACCCCCAGUGCCUCUCUCCCAAACCCCGGCUGUGCCCUGCUGUGCCUGUUCCCUCCCCACUCUGUUCUCUGGCUGCACCCCAAAACUGCAGGCAGCACCCACAUCCCCAGUCCUUGUCCCUACCUGCACCCCACUGUACCUUACCCCCAAACCCUCAAGCUGUUUUCUGUGGUACCUAUUCCCCCAAGUGCCCUGACUGUACCUGGCACCCUGCACUGCCUGGCCCCCAAGCUUUCUGGCUGUGCCGCACACCCCACUGUACCUGUUGCCCUAAACCCUCUGGCUGUGCCCCACACGCUGCGGUGCCUGUCCCUCCAAGCCCUCUGGCUGUGCCCCACACACACUGACCUCAUCUUCCUGUCUUGAAGAACAAGUCGCACCAAGGAUGAGGCAUGGGGAUGGCCUCCACCUUGCACAGAAGACUGCAUCAGGAAUUUCAUUAUUGAAAAACACCUUUUCCCCCACACACUCCCCAGAGAGAAGAGUGGUCUCAGGCGUCAAGAAAUGGAGGCUUCUUUUUCUGCAGGGGCAAAGGUUGGAGGCAGCCAGGGGAGAGGUGUGGCCCAUGUGCUUAAGAUGAUGAUAUUAAAAUGUAGGGCUGGAGGGAUGAUGUCUAGUCAGGGGUUGUCUAGCAAGUUGAAAGCGGGGUGGCUGUCUGGCUUGCUGUCUUCCUCCUCCUCGGGGACAGGUCUCCCCUGCUGCUGUGUGAGGUGGGUCCAUCCCUAAGGACUGGCAGCAGCAGCAAGGCCAUGAGCUGAGGAAGCAGGUGGGUGCCGGCACGUGUGACUGACGUGGCUAUGUUGGGCCAGUCUCUUGGACUUGCCGUUUGCAACCAUAGAUGUUGUGUAUGUUGUUCGAGCAUUAUAAGUAUGUUUAUACUUAAUUCGUAAAUGCGCUUUAAGUUUGUUGGUACUUGGGUGGGUUUUGGGCGUUGCUGCCACUGGGAUAGAAUUGGGAGAUGUUUGAAAAGGCAUAGUGAGGCUGCAGACCAACUCUUAUUGAUCUCUUUGCUUGCUUGUGUAGGAAAUCAAGAUAAGUUAACUAAAGCUGUUUGGACAAAUCAGAAACCUUACUGCUAUGUAUGGAUACCCUCUCCCUCACUCCAUUGUAACUCGGUCCUUCUCAGACCCAUAUGUAGGUCUGUACUGAGCAGUGCCAUGUGGGAGAAGUUUGAACAAGUUUUUCUGGUUGUUGGGAGCAGCCUGGGAACAGCGUGCUGCCUAACUUAUUCUGCUGCUCGGCGUCUGGGGUGCUGCCCGGGAAGCACUCAGGUUGCCUCGGAGCUGCCUGGGGUAAAGGUAGCAUCGUUGUUUAUCGACCUCGCGUUAGGCAGUGUGGACGUACCCUGAAAAUGCUUCAGUGAGGAAUGGGAGCACUUGUACAUUUGUUUGAAGAAAAAGUACAAAGACCAAGCGUAUGAAAACCUAGCCAAACAUAAGCUUAAAGUCUUCCUAGGCAGCAUGUCUGUUGCAAGUGUGGGGAAUAACGCAACUUUACGGUAUUUCAUUAUGUGUCAAUCAACUUUCUAUUAAAUAGUAUUUAUUUACAAGUAGAGUGAGGCAGGUUAUGGUGCAGGAAGCAAUAUUCAUGGAAUGUGUUGGGAAAGACGCCACAGCAUUAGUUAAGUAGUACAUGCCAAAUAGGAUUUAACUAGUUAUGAAGCUCACCGAAUACCAUGAAACACCUAUCAACUAAUUGCAUACCAGUAAAAGAACUAAUCAGGCAGCAUCAUAAAAUCUUAAUCAAGUGAAAAUGGCCUUUAGCAAUUUGACAUCAAAGGCUGUACUACUGUAUGAUGAAUGGAUUAAAGAUGCCGAUCCGAGACUGGAAGGCUGGCCACUCAUGUCUUCACCUUUUCCAACAACCUUUAUCAUUGGAACCUACAUUUAUUUUGUCACUUCCUUAGGACCCAAACUCAUGGAAAAUAAAAAACCUUUCGAACUAAGGCAGAUAAUGGCAUUUUAUAAUUUUAGUGUGGUAGCCCUCUCUUUAUAUAUGACUUACGAAUUUCUUAUGUCAGGCUGGGCCACAGGGUACUCGUUCCGAUGUGAUAUCGUUGACUACUCGAGGUCACCUACAGCUCUAAGAAUGGUACGAACUUGUUGGCUUUACUACUUUUCCAAGUUCAUUGAAUUACUAGACACUAUAUUUUUUGUGCUGCGUAAGAAAAACAACCAAGUUACAUUCCUGCAUGUCUUUCAUCAUUCCAUCAUGCCAUGGACCUGGUGGUUUGGAGUCAAAUUUGCUGCAGGUGGUUUAGGAACAUUUCAUGCUUUGCUGAACUGUAUUGUCCAUGUUGUCAUGUACACUUAUUAUGGAAUCUGUUCUUUGGGACCAGCCUAUCAUAAAUAUUUGUGGUGGAAAAAAUACAUGACAACCAUACAACUUGUCCAGUUCAUUGUGAUUACAGGCCAUAUAGGACAAAUCUACAUCAUGGAUGAUUGUCCAUACCAGUAUCCAAUUUUCAUGUUUAUUAUUUGGCUAUAUGGCUCUACAUUUUUAGUCUUGUUUCUCCACUUCUGGUACCAUGCUUACACGAAGGGACAAAGACUACCAAAGAUGGCAAGAAAUGGGAUCAGCAAAGAUCAGUGAAACAAACUCUUGUCUCUAAAACAAAAGAAGGGUAUAUGUCGAAGUGGAAACUUGCACUACUUGACAAUCAAGAUAUUUAGGUGGACACACUACAUGGUGUAUAUUUUGUAUGUUUUCUUCCAAAACAGAAUUUGUAUUUUUGCUGUAAGUUAUUUGGGAUUCAGA